AUGUCGGAACAAAACCAACGAGCGCAGAUUGCCAUCAAUGGCUUCAUCGCAUCGAUCCUGAUUGUGGUGUGCUCCGUCACCUAUGUGUUGUGGGCGGUGCUGCCAGAUGAGGUGCUGCACGCGAUGCACCUCACCUACUACCCAGACCGCUACUGGGCUGUCGCGAUGCCCGCCAUUUUGGUGAUGUUCUUGUUCUAUUACUUCACGACGUCGUGGCUGCUUGUUCUGAUCACCACCCACCCCCUCACAGAUGGCCGCUGCGUUACGGAUGUGGACAACAAACCGGAUUACGAGCUAGACGUGGGCGCCUUGGCGGACCCGAGCAACAGCGUUCCGCCGUGGGUGGACAUCCCUGUCUCUGUGGCGAGCCACCUUCUUUUCGAGCCGUGGAAGGAGAUGGUGCGAUGA